CGUUGGAUCGUUUAGGACGCGUUGGAACAGACCUUACAGUAGGACUAUCAAGGGGGGCGAGGAGUGGGAUUUCCUGUCUAUAUAAAACCCAUGGACUUUCUGGGGCCGGCCGGCAUUAGAAUUUUGUAGUGUUGUUGAAUACAUUUUUUCCGCUCGAACUAAUUUGAACCUUUCACUGAUCAAUCAUCAUGACUAUCGAUUUCUACUAUCUCCCUGGCUCUGCCCCAUGCAGAUCGGUUCUUCUCACAGCAAAAGCUUUGGGAUUGGAGUUGAACCUGAAGAGGACCAACUUGAUGGCUGGGGAACAUAUGACUCCUGAGUUUUUGGCAAUCAAUCCCCAGCACACCAUCCCAACCAUCGACGAUAAUGGAUUCCGUUUAUGGGAAAGUCGUGCCAUAAUAACCUACUUGGUAAACGCCCAUGGCAAAGAUGACUCACUGUACCCAAAAGAUCCCAAGAAAAGGGCAAUUGUCGAUCAAAGACUCUAUUUCGACAUUGGAACUCUAUACCAAAGAUUUGCUGAUUAUUAUUAUCCAUUAUAUUUCGCUGGAGUACCACUUGAUCCAGCCAAAUUGGAAAAAAUCAACGAAGCUUUGAAAUUCCUGGAUACUUUCCUUGAAGGACAAACCUAUGCUGCUGGUGACAGUUUAACUGUAGCCGAUUUAGCUUUGGUUGCAAGCAUAUCUACUUUUGAUGUGGUCGGUUACGAUUUGGCUCCUUACAAGAACGUUACAAGAUGGUUCAACAAAAUCAAAACCACAGCACCAGGGUACAAAGAAGCCAACGAAGAUGGUUGCAUCGAAUUCAAACAAUUGGUUGACUCUUUAACUAAAAAAUAAGUUUUUUAAAAUAUCCUUUGCUUGAAUAAAAUAUAAAGUAUACGCACUAUAUGAAUUUAUGUUAGGAUAUUAAUUUUUGUAAUUUUAUAAUUCUGCACAUUUAGUGUGAUUGUUUGUUGUUCAGUUUAUUUCGAUAUGUUUAGUCAAAUAUAAUAAUUGGUUUUAAAGUACAGCUAAAUAA